UUGAUAUAUAAAAUAUAUACUAUUUGAAAAAGGAGAGAGAGAGAGAGAGAGAGAGAGGGGAAAAGUCACAUGGCCUCGUUGCCGCUGGGGCCUCAGCAGCAUCACCAUAAUCCACCACCCGACCAUCAUCAUCAAUAUCAUCAUAAUGCUCUUCUUGACCAAGCUCCACCACCCCCCGCCGCCGUGAAGUUCGCUUCCGCCGCUGCCCACAAUAUGGAAGCCGACAAGGAGAUGCCAUCGUCUAUGGUUGAGGGUAAUGAUCCAGUUACCGGUCACAUUAUUUCUACUACUAUUGGAGGCAAAAAUGGCGAGCCUAAAAGGACAAUUAGUUACAUGGCAGAGCGCGUCGUUGGCACCGGAUCAUUUGGAAUAGUUUUUCAGGCAAAAUGCUUGGAAACUGGAGAGUCAGUAGCCAUAAAGAAAGUCUUGCAAGACAGGCGGUAUAAAAAUCGGGAGCUUCAGUUAAUGAGGUUGAUGGACCAUUCUAACGUGAUUUCGCUGAAGCACUGUUUCUUUUCAACAACCACCAGAGAUGAGCUUUUCCUUAACUUGGUCAUGGAUUAUGUGCCUGAGACUAUGUACAAGGUCUUAAAACAUUAUACCAAUUCAAGUCAACGGAUGCCACUCAUCUAUGUCAAACUCUACACCUAUCAGUUGUUUAGGGGCCUUGCAUAUAUGCAUACAGUUGCAGGGGUAUGCCACAGGGACAUAAAACCUCAAAAUAUUUUGGUUGAUCCUCUUACCCACCAGGUCAAGAUUUGUGACUUUGGAAGUGCUAAAGUUCUUGUGAAGGGUGAAGCUAAUAUAUCCUACAUUUGCUCUCGUUAUUAUCGAGCUCCAGAACUCAUUUUCGGCGCAACAGAAUAUACCACCUCUAUUGAUAUCUGGUCUGCUGGUUGUGUCCUUGCUGAGCUACUUUUGGGGCAGCCUCUUUUCCCCGGAGAGAAUGCUGUUGAUCAACUUGUAGAGAUUAUCAAGGUUCUUGGUACUCCAACUCGAGAAGAAAUUCGGUGUAUGAAUCCAAAUUACACUGACUUCAGGUUUCCCCAGAUUAAAGCCCAUCCAUGGCACAAGGUUUUCCAUAAGCGAAUGCCUCCUGAAGCCAUUGAUCUUGCUUCACGGCUACUUCAGUACUCACCAAGUCUUCGAUGCACAGCACUUGAAGCAUGUGCCCAUCCUUUCUUUGAUGAGCUUCGUGAGCCAAAUGCUCGCCUCCCAAAUGGUCGCCCUUUCCCCCCACUUUUUAACUUCAAACAGGAACUAGCUGGAGCGUCGCCUGAGUUGAUCAACAAGUUGAUACCCGAACAUAUCCGUCGACAAGCUGGGCUGAAUUUUCCUGUUUCCCAUCCUGCUGGGACGUGAUGAUUGACAUCAGAAUUGCGGCCCUCUUCAUUUAGUUGGCGGAUAAGUAGCAAAAGCAAAAGCUCUCUGUUUAGUAUUAUCAGGCGUUUCUACCCAGGUCAGUGGUCUUUGACGCCCCUUAUGAUGUAUGCAUAUAGCGUCUGCUCGGAUUAACAGCAUAGUUGGUGGUACCGGUCUAGUACUCCGCCUAGCUAAACAAGUUUCGUUGCUUCUGUACAUUUGUCUAGGUCAAAACUCAAAAGAUUCUGAAAUGUAGUAGAAAAUAUGAUGUUGGUGUUGGUGUCAAUCGAUGCAGAUUUCCUUGAAACAGCAUAGUGCGAGGAUUUCAAUUGUAUUUCUAUUUUAUUUUCAUCUGAGGUUGUGUUUGUUUCUGGUACCAUUAAGUUGUCUCAUGCUAAAAGCCCUAUUAGACUUC